AUGACCCCUGCACAACAAAAGGAAGUUGAGGAUGCAAAGGAAAAGUGGAACAGAGAAGGUGCACCAGUAGACUCCCAAGCAAUGUAUCGAAAGUGGAACCUCAAAAGAGUCCUUGAAGAAUUUACAGAACAAUCACAAGAAAAAUUCCAAUCAGAUGUUGAAUGUUGUUAUUACAUUGAUGCAAUGGAAUGGUCAUCUGAAGGUUUUGAUAAAUUUGCUGAGUGGUCUAAGUUACAAUUCUAUCCUGAUGACACUGAUGAAGAGUCCGAUGAAGACAAGGACGAUGAUACAAAGGCCAUCUUACCUGAACUUGUCCUGGACAAGAAAGGCUAUCCAAAACUCCCUUCCCAUGCUGGCAUCAAUACCAAAGGACAACAAGAAUUAGUUCGCCAAAUCUUCCAUGCAUCAUACACUUUUGUGGGACUUACAGUCGGUCGAGCAGAAGUCUUCACUAAGAGUGCCAAGCCAGUACCUUGGCAUGAGGUAGUCACCAACCAAAGAUUGUACCUAGAUUUGGAUUGUCUUCCAAAGGACUUCCUGCUGAGGGACCCUUCUCAUUUGAGGGCAAGUGACAUCAAUAACCUCUGGGCUCAUUGGGACACAAGAAGGGCCACAAAGCAAAAACUGGUUAUUUUUGUUGCAGGAAAGCUUGGUGAUAUGAGUAGAGCACGCCUGGAGAAUGCAGUUCCUCACAAGGAGAAGAAAAUUCAAAAGGAGUACAUGGAAAUCGAUGACGAAGAUGAGGAACAAACCUCAGCCAUGCCACACCCUCAUCCUACAGCACAUACCGAACUGCCAGCCAGGAUCCAGCCUGCCUCCAAUGUAUUGGCCAGCAUGCGCCCCAUACCACGUACCACAGGGCCAGCCGAGAGUGAUUCCUCAGACAACAAUUCAGCUACACCACCCUCCACAGGAUGUACUAAAGGACUGGCUGCUCAACCAUCCUGCGCUCAAGCAGGUGCACCAGCAGCUGUGCCUAUGAGGGAUCAUGUGUCCUUCUUGAAGUCCCUCAGCAGCCAUGACAGAUACCUAUUGUUAGUGGAAGGUAUCAGAGACUUAUGCAAGGAACAAGGUUCGGAGGAGCAAAAAGACUGGCCUACCUGGGCAAUGUGGUCUUGGGAAGGAUCACACCUUCCAAGUGCUAUACACUCUGAGGAUGGCAUGGUGCAGGUGUUCCUGGAAAUGGCGGCAUCUGCCAAUAUCACUGGCCUGCCAUCAGGAAUGUGGGUUGCCCUAGGUCUUGGAUUACUGCUCAGAGAAUGUAAGCGGGCCAUCGAAUAUGAGGAAGAUGAAGCCACCCCUAACACACCCACUUACAUUGGCAUCUCAAUAUUGGAUAUCAAGAUCCUCAACCUUGUUGGAGAGGUGGUUAACACUGUCAGAGGGAGGGUUAUGUGUGUCCUCAAGGCAAGGGAGGGGCAGUGCGAAAUUUCCUGCAAUUCCACAGCUGAAGCCCCAGAUGAUGCCCACACUCAUGCAGAUGGGGAAGAGAGAAUAGUGGAGGAUGAAACAUCCAAGGAAGAAGAGAGACGAAGGCAGGAAGAGGAGAUGAAGCAGCCAGUGGAGAAGCCAAGGAGUGAGGAGGUGGAAUUAAAGCAGCAGCUGGAGGGGGAGUUACAGAAGCUUGCAGAGCAGAAACAGCUCAACGAGGAGUUGAAGGAGUCGAUGCAUAAGCUUCAGGAGGAGACUCAGAUGCUGCAAAAUGCGAAUGAGGCCUUGGAGCAACAGAUGGUGGAGGAGAAAGAGAUGGCAGAUGAAGAUGGGAAAGAUAUUCCAGACGUUGGCAGCAAUGAUGAUGGGGAUGAGGUGCAGGAGGAGGUCAGAGAGGAGGUGAAAGGCAAAAAAAGGAGCAAGUCAAGUGGAUCUGGAAGAGUAUCCAAGAUGGCCAAGACUGACAUCUGCCGUUCUUCCAGAGUUAGGCUUCCCUCCAAGAAAGCCAAAAAUAAUUAG